GUGCUCUGGGCCGCACGCAGAGAAAGGGGCGGGGCCGGCGGGCGGGCGGGGCGCGAAGGUGCCGAGCUCCCGGGACCGGCCGGCGCGCGGGGCUCUGCGGCCCUCGCCGUCCCAGUGGCCGCUGCCGUCAUUUGGUCGCCGUCGGUGUGCGGGAGGCGGGUUAUGGCGGCGGCGGCAGUGGGAGUUGUGGAUGAAUUCUCCGGGUGGACGAGGGAAGAAGAAAGGCUCCGGCGGCCCCAGCAGCCCGGUGCCUCCCAGGCCUCCGCCCCCCUGCCCGGCCCCCGCCCGGCCCGCCCCCAGGCCGGCCCCUCCGCCGGAGUCGCCGCAUAAGCGGAACCUGUACUACUUCUCCUACCCGCUGGUCGUAGGCUUCGCGCUGCUGCGUCUAGUCGCCUUCCACCUGGGGCUCCUCUUCGCGUGGCUCUGCCAGCGCUUCUCUCGCGCCCUCAUGGCCGCCAAGAGGAGCUCCCCGACCGCGCCGGCCUCGGCCUCACCCCCGCUGCCGGUGCCGGGCGCGGAGGCCGAGCUCGUCCGAGCCUUCCACAAACAGGCCUUCGAGUACAUCUCCGUGGCCCUGCGCAUCGACGAGGACCAGAAAGCAGGACAAAAGGAGCAAGCUGUGGAAUGGUAUAAGAAAGGUAUUGAAGAACUAGAAAAAGGAAUAGCUGUCGUAGUUACAGGACAAGGUGAACAGUGUGAAAGAGCUAGACGCCUUCAAGCUAAAAUGAUGACUAAUUUGGUUAUGGCCAAGGACCGUUUACAACUUCUAGAGAAGCUGCAACCAGUUUUGCAAUUUUCCAAAUCACAAACAGACGUCUAUAAUGACAGUACUAACUUGGCAUGCCGCAACGGACAGCUCCAGUCAGAAAGUGGAGCAGUUCCAAAAAGAAAAGAUCCCUUAACACACCCUAGUAAUUCGCUGCCUCGUUCAAAGACAGUUAUGAAAGCUGGAUCCACAGGUCUUUCAGGCCACCACAGAGCACCCAGUUGCAGUGGGUUAUCCAUGGUUUCUGGAGUGAGACAAGGCCCUGGUCCUGCACCUGCCACUCAUAAGAAUACACCAAAAACAAAUCGAACAAAUAAACCUUCAACCCCUACAACUGCUGCUCGUAAAAAGAAAGAUUUGAAGAAUUUUAGGAACGUGGACAGUAACCUCGCUAACCUUAUAAUGAAUGAAAUUGUAGACAAUGGAAUAGCUGUUAAAUUUGAUGAUAUAGCUGGUCAAGAAUUAGCAAAACAAGCAUUACAAGAAAUUGUCAUUCUUCCUUCUCUGAGGCCUGAGUUGUUCACAGGGCUUAGAACUCCUGCCAGAGGAUUGUUACUCUUUGGUCCACCUGGAAAUGGGAAAACAAUGCUGGCUAAAGCAGUAGCUGCAGAAUCUAAUGCGACCUUCUUUAAUAUAAGUGCUGCAAGCUUAACUUCAAAAUAUGUGGGAGAAGGAGAGAAGUUGGUGAGAGCUCUUUUUGCUGUGGCUCGAGAACUUCAACCUUCAAUAAUUUUUAUAGAUGAGGUUGAUAGCCUUUUGUGUGAAAGAAGAGAAGGAGAACACGAUGCUAGUAGACGCCUAAAAACUGAAUUUCUAAUAGAAUUUGAUGGUGUACAAUCUGCUGGAGAUGACAGAGUACUUGUAAUGGGUGCAACUAAUAGACCACAAGAGCUUGAUGAGGCUGUUCUCAGGCGUUUCACCAAACGGGUAUAUGUGUCUUUGCCAAAUGAGGAGACACGACUACUUUUACUUAAAAAUCUAUUAUGUAAACAGGGAAGCCCAUUGACCCAAAAAGAACUAGCACAACUUGCUAGAAUGACUGAUGGAUACUCAGGAAGUGAUCUAACAGCUUUGGCAAAAGAUGCAGCUCUGGGUCCUAUCCGAGAACUGAAACCAGAACAAGUAAAGAAUAUGUCUGCCAAUGAGAUGAGAAAUAUACGAUUAUCUGACUUCACUGAAUCCUUGAAAAAGAUAAAACGCAGCGUGGGCCCUCAAACCUUAGAAGCAUACAUACGUUGGAACAAGGUCUUCGGAGAUACCACUGUUUAAGCAAAUACCUUUGUAAGCCUGCAGAACAUUUUCUUUUCAAGAGAGAAACACCAUCUUCAGUGAGUAGUUAUCAGCUACAGAAACUCAGCCUAAGUUUACAGGACUUUUUAGAGUCUUAUAAUUAUUUAUGCAUCCCAGAAGAUAAACCAUAAAACAAAUUUAAAUAAAAUAUACAAUGCAAAUGGAAUAUUUUGUUUCAGGCCUUCUUGCCUUGAUAGUAAUGGCUAUCCCGAUGGGCAGUGUAAGUUAGAGCUCAAUAAACACUGGUUCUGGUCUUCUUUACCAAUUUAAUCAGAAUGUAAAUAAUAAUUUAUAUACUGUGUUGCAGAUGAAAGUAUUCAGAGACAGUAAAGGGUGAAAGACACAACAGCCGUUGGUUGUCUUCUGAUGUCUUUUUUUAAAAUAGUAAUUUUUCCAUUUUCCUCUCCUGUUGUCUUUACUAUAGGUGAUUGGAAUGCCAAACAUUUUUUUUUCCUUUUCUUUUUACAAAUUGUGUGCCAAAUGAAACUUUCUUCUGUGUAACAGAAAUAGGAAAAAAGGAUUUUGAAGGCUUUUUCUCCAUAAAUCUACUGACAUUAAACAAUUGUGUUCUUUUCACUUUUUUAGUUUUCUAGUACCUUUCUACCAAUUUAUAAAGCAAUAUGAUGGCAACAAAAUAAGUCUAAUAAAAGAGGAGAAAUUUGCAAAUUUUGCGUCACUCUGUCAUGCAACAUGUAGAUCAAUCCUUGUGUGACCACAGUACUUUUUUUCUAAUAUAUUUGCCAGAAAUCUAUUGUAGACUGUUAACUUAUUGCUAAUGGAAUUUAUUUCCUGCUAGAAUUAUCCUAAUUCUUAAGAAAGCCAAUUUUAACAGCUGUAAAAGUGGUUCCUGUGGGAGAGGAGGGAAGUACUGGGAGCUAAGGUAUUCCUAAUUUAUUGAUUAUUACUUACUUCUUACAGGAUAAUGUUAAGUCAAUGGAUCUACCAUCUUUUAUUGUUUAUAAUUAUUAAUCCCAACAAUGAAACUUUAAAACUUACUGAAUUUUUAUAAAUUGCAUACAUUUUAUAGGUUUCUUGUGCUCACUUU